UGGCUUGUGGGAAUACUUAUAUUACAACAUGUUACGUGAUGCUUUGCAUCAUUUUGAACUGCAUUGUGUUUUAUUGUGAACAUAGGUGUGGUGUGUUCUUAUGAAUAGAUUGCUUGUGGCCUAAAUCAAUAAGAGUCGAUAUCCUUUAGUGGGAAAACUGUUAGAUUGCCUGGAAAAGAUAGCAGUUUUCUCCUUUCAGAUUGUGCGGUCAAAUUCAUCACAUUUCAUUUCUCGGCUUUGAUGCAUGUCAUUGUGUUGUUGUAUUGAGCACUAGUGUAAAGCUCUGUGGGGUUUUGUGUUUCAGUGCACCUGAGGUAAAUUUCCUCAUUUGUAGAUGUUUUGACCGAGGGCUUUUAUACAAGCCUUUUAAAUCAAACUCUUAAAAGCUCCAUUUUACAAAGCUACAGUCACACACCUGAAUCUCCCUCUGCAACUGAACACAGAAGACGGUGGAGUGCUGUCAGGCUAUAAAGUAGAAUACAGGCUCUGGUUUUGAUUUGCUCCCACUGACACAACAAGGCAGAGCAGAAGCAGCGUGAGACAUGAAAGCAGCAACGAAUAUUCCCAUGGGACGCACCGGGAGAAACUCCUGCUCCAGAUGUCAUCAACCGUAAGACAAGUGCCCUGAUGACAUCUUUAAAUAGCUGGAUGGACUGACAGAGAGAAAUAUAGACAUAGACUUAUAUCCUUAAUACUCUCCCACUAGCAUGUCUGGCUGACCAGGACUCGUGCAGCUGUUGUUUGAUGCUGAAGAAAAAAUGGGAGUUAGAACAAUAUUUAAACACCAGUCUGAAUUCGCUGGAGGAUUCGCUGGCAAGAGCACAGACCACACUCAGAAACAUCAGAGAGAAUCGAGUGGCAUUUUCUGUGGGUCUAGCUGACAAGCGACGAUGUGUUGGUCCAGUGAAAGCAGCUGUAAAUGUGACCUAUCAGAGUAUCUUUAUCAACAUUGGAGAAGCCUAUAAUUCCACCACUGGUGUGUUCACUGUGACAAGAUCGGGCGUGUACAAUCUGGCAUUAACCGUGUUCAGUGACGCGGGGUCACCAGGUGCACCUCUGGCCAUCUGCGUCAGUAUCAGGCAGAACGGUGUGGCCCUUGCAGCACUCAGAGAGAAAUACGAUCAAGACCAGGAAGACCAGGCCACUGUUGUUUUACUCGCGGAGCUCCACGUAGGGGACCACAUUACCGUCAGUCUCCAGCCUGGCUGCUGGCUGUGUGAUGAUCAGCAUCAUUAUAACACAUUUAGUGGGUUUCUGCUGUAUGCUACAGAGUAGAGCACAUACACCUAGACAAUAUAUUAGGGAGGACCUCUCAUAGAUGCAAAGGUUUUACAUUAAGAUUGAUAGUACUUGCACCGUACCUCUAAAUUUAGCCCAUAUACAAGCCUGUAGCCAUUAUUAGAUUGCAGAAUAAAAUUGGGCCUUUAAAAUAGGCAAUUUACGCUUGGCAUUAGAAGAGAAUAUAUAUUUGGAUGUAGUCCACAUAUCCAUUAAAAAGACAAUGUGGGUAUAUGGAUUUGUGUUCAGAAGAUCCUGAGAUAGGCAAACCCUAACCCUAAACCCAAAGUAGUCAUCACAUAUGUAUUCAUAUGACAAUGUUAUACAAUAUUAUGCAAACUCCGCCCAUGGCCAUAAUGGUCCAUCCUCUUUCCUACACAUCUGAUGUCCAACUACAAUUGGCAUAAUAUAUAUACAGUAUAUGAAGAGUUUGGUUCCAAAACGAGAUAACUUUUCAAAAAUCUUUUUUUAUUAUGUUAUCAUGUUUCUAUUGUGUUUUAUUAUGUUAGUUAGCUGUAUUUUUUUGUUAUUAUGGCUUAAAUCAAAACAAACCAACUACAGUUUGAUUGAUAUUAACUGGAAUGCACAAUAAAAAAAACUAAUUUUGGAACCAAACUCUUCAUUUAUAUACUUUUCAUGAAAAGCGAUCGGAUCAGUUAUCUGGAUGCAAAAGCUACUUGGUUGCGCUGUGUUCUGAUUUGCUUGAUAAUAUUAUGAUCUUAGGACGCAAUCACAUAUUGAAGAUUUAUUGAGGAAAUUUUCAGCAAGGACAUUUACAAACAUUUGGGUCUUAGAAGUAAACACAACACUUUUAUUUUAAGGUAACAAAAUGUUGUAAAAGCCGGACAUGUCACACUAACAUCAAUAAAAUGUUCAAAUGAUAAAAGGAUUUGUCUUCUUAAGUAACCUUAAUUCACAAGGUGAUUUCACGAGAUGGGAUAAAGGUGACUCAUUCAUUUGUUUGUUACUGUAGGAUUUAAAUUGAAUUUACUGUAUGUAUUAAAGCUUUUUAAAAUGUUCUUAU